AUGGCUAGACUUCUUCUUCUUCUUAUUCCUCUCUUCUCAGCUUUUGUUCUCGCCGCCACCAUUACAGAACCCGAAGGUUACUCAACAACAGUGAAGGCACCAUAUCAAGAACAUAAGCCGAAGAAGCUAACACACAUCCACUUCUACUUCCACGAUAUUGUCUCCGGAGACAACCCCACCGCCGUUCCAGUCGCUAGGGGUCCCACCACAAACUCCUCCGCAACCGGUUUCGGUACAGUUUCAGUCGUUGAUGACCUAUUGACGGUGGGGCCCGAUAUAACCUCGCAGGAAGUUGGGAGGCCCCAAGGGAUGUACACAUCGACCGACAAAAAACAAGUUGGUCUGCUUAUGACUUUUAACUUGGUGUUCACAAAGGGCAAGUUUGCUGGUAGCACCGUCUCGUUGUAUGGCUGGAAUUCGGCAACUUUGAAGGUUAAAGAGAUGCCGAUCAUCGGUGGCACGGGAGCUUUUAGGUUGGCAAGAGGAUAUGCACAAGCCAAGACUUUUGUCUUCAAUGCUACAAGUGGAGAUGCUGUUGUUGAAUAUAAUGUCUAUAUUUGGCAUUGA